UUCACAUCCCAUUUUCAAGUCUCUUUUUAUCUCUUCACACGUUUGCUCGUCUCAAGCACAUCUCUCCCUCUCUUUGACGAAGACUCGGAGUUCAGUUUUUUUGAGGACCCCUUUGUGUCAGAAACACGAUCUGUCAUCCCCAAAUUUACUCUUUUUCAGAAACCCUAUUUCAAGAUCCAUUAUUCAUCCCCAUCAUGUCAUCAUCUCAACAACCCACAUCUAUAAACCCUACCUAUCUCAAGAGCCAGUUUGCGCGUCGAUUUGUUCGAGCUCUAAACAACCUAAAGAACCAAAAAGGAUCUGCUCAUGAUAACCAGAUGCGUCGCAAAUCUGGUCGUGUCAAAAUCGCAGCGUAUAAAGCUAUGGCGUCUGUCGUUGGAUCAAGAAGAGCAUGGAGCCGUGCCGUUUUAUCCAAGAUCAAAAACCGACCACGAAACCAGGAGUUAUUGCGAAGUAAUAGAAAGCGGGCUGAGCAUAGAAUCAUGACUAAUCUUCAUCAUCGUCACCAUGCAAAGGUGUCUAUAAAGAGAAGAAACCCUAACCCUGAAAGAGACGAGGUCUAUUUUAAUCCAUUUAAGUAUUCAGGUCAGGAAUCGAAGCUCAGAAAAUUGGUUCCUGGUGCUGGAAGCAUGGAUUCAUGGUGUUUGGUGGAUGAAACUGCUGAUUACAUAAAAUGUCUUGCUGCACAGGUAGACGUCAUGCAAACCCUUGUGGAUCUGUACACUGCCACUUGAAUAU